CUUCCGAGAACUAGUAUUAUACAAUUUUUUCUGAUUUUAUAUUAUUCUGUCGAUCUUGUUAACCUUAUAAGUGAAUAUUUAUUUAUAAACUAUUAUUUACCAAAAAAAUAAUUAUUAAAAUUUUGCUCCGCCUAGUGGAGUUUUUUUGAAGCAUUUCUUUCACAAUUUUUUGACAUUAUUUUCCAACCUGUGAAUUUAUAUAUAUGCUAUAUAUAUACAUAACCGGUAUCAACGCAAAUGUUAAUAAUUACUUUAUAAUACUUGUAAAUAAACUAUUUUUUCAUUUGUAAUGGCAUCGCCAGCUCCAAAAUCACCAGAGCAAUCUGAACGAAGCAGAAAAUAUGAUAGACAAUUGAGGUUAUGGGGUGAUCAUGGUCAGGCUUCUUUAGAAGCAGCUCAUAUUUGUUUAAUAAAUGCCACUGGUUUGGGAACAGAAAUUUUAAAAUCCUUGGUUUUACCAGGAAUUGGAGCAUUCACAAUUGUUGAUGGUAAAAAAAUUACCGAUGAAGAUGUUGGAUCGAACUUCUUUCUAGAUGCUGAUAGUGUGGGAAAAUCAAGAGCACAGAUUGCAACACAAAUGCUUCUAGAAUUAAAUCCCGAUGUACGAGGAGAUUAUAUAGACGAAGGUCCCGAACAAAUUCUAGAAAAUAGUCCCGAUUUUUUCAACAGUUUCACCGUUGUUGUUGCGACUUCUCUUCUUGAAAAAUCACUAAUUCUACUUUCGAGAAAACUUUGGGAUUUAAAUAUUCCUUUAAUAGUAUGUAGAUCGAUAGGUUUUGUUGCUUAUAUGAGAGUUCAAGUAAAGGAGCAUACCGUAAUUGAAAGUCAUCCAGACAAUGAAGUGACUGAUUUACGUUUGGAUAAACCUUUUGAAUUAUUGGAAAAAUAUCUUGAUUCAAUAAAUCUCGAUGAAUUGGAUAUCAAAGAUCAUUCACAUACCCCUUAUGUUGUUAUUCUCUAUAAAUUUCUGCUGAAAUGGUUAGAAGAUCACGAUAAUGUACCAUCUAAUUAUAAGGAGAAAGAAAUAUUGAAAAAAUUAAUACGAGAAGGAAUAAGAAAAGAUGAACACGAUAAUCCAAUUGAUGAAGAAAAUUUUGAAGAGGCAAUUAAAGCUGUUAAUACAAGUAUAAAACAUACUAAUGUGCCUUCGUCAGUAAUGGAAAUUUUAAAUGAUGAUCAAUGUGUUAAUUUAACUGCAAAAAGUAGAUCUUUUUGGAUUAUUGCAAAAGCAAUAAGAGAUUUUAUGGAUAAUGAAGGCUGUGGACUUUUACCAUUGAAAGGCGCUUUACCUGAUAUGAUUGCCGAUACGGAAAAAUAUAUUGGCCUUCAACAAGUGUAUCAUAAACAAGCAAUUGCCGAUGUUGAAGCUGUGUUGCGACACACACUUCGUUUACUGAAACAAUUGGGACGUUCAAUGGAUUCGAUAUCAGAGAAAGAAGUGAAAUUAUUUUGUAGGCAUGCUUCUGAUAUUCAUGUGGAAAGAGGAACUUGUAUUGCUGACGAGUAUGAUCCAAAAAUGAUAAACGUCAACGAGAUAGCCCAGAAAUUAGAAGAUUCUGACAGCAUGCUGGUAUAUUACGUAGUACUGAGAGGAAUUGAAAAGUUUCAGUUUGAGUAUAAUUCCUAUCCUGGAGAAUUUGACGAUCACGUCGAACCAGAUAUCAUCAAACUAAAGUCAUGCAUAUCGAAACUCCUCGGUGAAUGGGGAUGUGGACCACUCGCAAAAGAUGAUUACGUUCAUGAAUUUUGCCGUUUUGGUGGAGCAGAACUUCAUUCAGUUUCUGCAUUUCUUGGUGGACUUGCUGCUCAAGAAACUAUUAAAUUUAUUACCAAUCAAUAUAAACCGAUCCACAAUACAUUUAUACAUGAUGCAGUGACUUCGAAUUCUGCUACUUUCUUUUUCUGAACAAAAAUGUCUUCUCUCUCUCUCUCUUUUAUUUUGUAUAAGACUGUAUUUAUUAUGUGAAAUAAUACAAAAUAAAUUUUAAUAAUUAUA